AUGGAUUUGAAAUUUAAAGAAAUCUUUAAAGAGUCGGACCAUCCCGCUCUUCAAAUGAGACUCGACCGUGAAGCUUCAAAACAAAAUUCUUCACUGCAAACUCCAAGUGAUAUGGCUCAGGAUCUUUGGAAAAUGAUGUCUAAAGCCAAGUCUGAUAUACAAAAUGGUCGUCGUGUAGAAAACUUGUCUUGGCGUCUUAUGUCUAUUAAUCUGCAAAAGCAAUCUAAUCUCUCCAACAAUGCUACCCCCUCCGGUGUUUCAGCUUAUAAUAAGUUUUCCCCUAGCCCCCUCACACCUCAUUCCAACCCACAUAGCUCCGAUAAUGUAUCCUUAAACUCUGGUACUCCCGACCAAAAAUCCGAUCCUAAUUGCUUAAUGAAUACCCUUCCCUCCUAUAGCGUUCCCACUGAUACCUCGGGCAGUUCCAUGAUGGAGCUUAAUUAUCUUCAAAGAGUUGUACGAAAAUCUAGUUUUAAUGAGGCUUCUGCAAAAAGCAAGAAACGCCCCAUCACCAGCUCCCAUUUCCCUUCAAGCGAUGUGGAUUUUUCUAUGGAUCUUGACUCCCAUCCUUUUAGUUCCCCGAAAAUUCACGCGUCUGAUUCUUUCGAUGCUGCUAAAAAGUCUUUCGACCAUACUGGUCCUUCUUCCUUUCCGGCUUCUGCCCCCACCGAUUAUUUUAAUUCUCGACCUUCUUCCUCUUUGGCUGCCGGCCUACAGUCCGUGCCCAUUCCUUCAGCAUCUGGUAUGGUUAAUCCCGCCAAUCCGCAUAUGAAUUCUGCUACCACUCCUAUUUCCAGACAGUCUGAUGUAGAUGUUUUGGGUUUGGAUUUCGAUAUGACUCCGUCGGAACCCUCUUCGUCUUUUCAAGAUAAUAAUGGAUUUCCUUCUUUUGUCGAUGCUGGAACAAAUCAUGACGACGGAUUAUUUUCUUCCUCUGCUGCUACCUCCUUUAGUUUCGAACAUGGCCCUUCUAGUUUCCCUGUUCCAGGUAGUAUAUCCACCGGUUCUUUGCGUGGCCACGCUCCCUCUGAAGAGGGCUUCGGUACCUCUUAUAAUAGUCAAAAUCUUUAUGGCAUAUCUUCCCCUUUGAGUGCUGGUAUGACACCGACUCAAUCCUUUUUCCCCGAGCCUGCUAAUAAUAAUGUAUUUGAUUUACCCAAACAAGCUACUGAUAUGUCUUCUCCUUUGGCUCCUUCCUCCGGCUCUUUCUCUAAUUUGUCUUCUUUGCACAUGGCAAGCUCUUUGCCUAAUUCCGCUUCGCAUGCCGGUAUCCGUCGUUCUUCCAUGUUCCGUAACGGGCCUAACAGGUCAGUUGCUAAUAUGGCUCAACCAGUCGACUUAAACCAAGACCAAAAUGAAUCUGUUGGCAGCGCCUUUCAACGUAACACUGAAUGGACCGGCACUGGCGCCGAAUCCAAUGGUAUAGGCUCAAAUAACUCCUUACCCGGUUCCGAUAUGUUUUCUCCGCCAUUUAUGCGUGUUGGCACGGCCAUGGGUGCCGCCCCUCUGCGCAACAAUUCGGUAUCUUCUUUCACUCACAAUUAUAUCCACCAAUCGAGUCCACAAUUUGCUGCCGUCCCACAUCGAAAAGUUAAUUCUCAAGAACCUACUUUAAUGGGAUCAAGUCCUGGUAUAUACAACCACAUGCCUUACCUGAACCGCUCUACAUCUUCUACGUCGGUCGCCGGAGCUUCGGUGGAAGGAAUGUCAACCGGUAUGAAGAAGCGUGCUUCUGCAACUGGUGCUGUUCCUAGUCAUCCUUUAUUAAAUCCAAAUGUCGAUCAUCUUCCUGAUCCAAGCGCUAAGGAAAAACCAACUGAAGACAAAAAAGAAAAUACUCAAAAAGGUAUGUCCGGUACACCUACAUGCACAAAUUGUCAGACUCAUACUACUCCGUUAUGGCGCCGGAGUCCUGAUGGUCAACCACUAUGUAACGCAUGUGGUCUUUUUAUGAAAAUUAAUGGCGUGGUUCGUCCUUUGAGUUUAAAGACGGAUGUUAUAAAGAAAAGGAACCGUGGUGCUGGAAGCAAUGCUAGUGUUCCUGCUUCACGGUCCGCUACCCCAAGAAAAUCAGCACCGCGAAAAAGUGGUUCUAAGCCAUCAAGCUCUAAUAAAUCCGUUGCUAAAGAAGAAGUGAAGGUUAAAACAGUAACCGGUCAAAAAAGUUAUUCUCCCGGUUUAACCCAACAGCCCGGCAGUAACGAUGAUAGCUUGAUGGUUGACAGAAGGACGUCUGUAGAGUCUCCAGUAAUGCAGGAUCCUUCUGUAAGACAGCCUUCGGCUAUAGUAUCUCCUGAAUUCGCGCAGAGUUCUAAUGAGUAUGGAAUGCCCUUCAACAAGGGCAUGUCUUCUGCAAACAAUAUGCGUGAAUCCUCGGUAGGGAAAAUAAAAUCGGAAGCGCCGCAAAGCGUAAAUUCACCCUUGUUUGAUACCUUUGAUACUGAUUACGGGAUGCCUUCCAUUGCUGACCCACAAGCGAUGGGAGUGGAUGCUACCGACUUGCACAGGGUUUCCAAGCCAUCAUGGGAUUGGUAUAGUGUCAUGUAA